AAAUUCAUAAAAUUUUAAUUCCAACCUCAACAUACAUUUAAAUAAAAAAAUUUUUGUUGAAGUAAUUUAAAAAAUUACAACUGUUACAUCUGUUUACAAACAUUGAAAGCAUUUCAUUGGCACUAUUAUGAAAUAUAUAUGUAAAUCGUAGAUUUAUUAUAUGUGUACAUAUCAUAUAUAUCCAUAUACGUCUGGUCUGUAUGAGAAUAUACAAUACUUACCAUGCGCGUGAAAAUUCUAAGAGAGGGAACAUUACAUGACAAAAAACAAAAAAAACCAAUGAAUGAGUGUAAGAGAGAGAAAGAGAGAGAGUGUUGCGCGUGCGCGCGCGCGCGUGUGUAAAUUAUGCUAAAGUAAGAGACAUAAAGUAUGAAUAGGCAUAAAAAAAUAGAUUAAUGAUGUUAAAGAACAAGAAAAAACUAUUGCUAAAAUCGCUGUAUGUAAACGGACAUGAAUGAAAAAUAGAUAAAUAUUUAAUGAGGAAAUAGAAAUAGAUGCCGAGUAUGAAUCCAGAAUAAUAUUGAAAGAAAGAGAGAGAAAGUGAUUAAAUGAAUAGGAACUAGUGACUGACCGAUUGAGUGUGAAAAACAGAGAAAGAAUAUACUUGAUCUUACUCACUGUAUUUACGGUAUCCAGACUCAUGAAAUUGACAAAAAUAAAGAAAAUGAUUGCUGAUCUACCGAAAGGACCAUUGGACUCUUACAGAAAACGCUCAACAUUCGACUGGAAACUAUUAAAAUUAAAUUUGGAAGGAGAGGAUUAUAUAAACUUUCAGAAUACCGUAUGGAACUUCAUACGAAAAACGCCUGUGUUUCAAAGACUUAUCUCUCCAACAUUGGAUGAGGAACGAAGAAUUUGUAACGCUCGUAUUAAAGCAUUAAUCGAUAAUGAUAUUGCGAAUCCAGUGAACCAUAGAGACUGGUUCAAUGUGAUCUUUCAGUAUGAUGCCUCAAUUCCCAUAAAAAUGGGUGUAAUGCAGGGCAUGGUACCUGUUGCAAUUCUUACUUUAGGUACAAAAGAUCAUUCUGAAAUUGCAGAAAAGCUUCAAGAAGGUCAAUAUGCAAGCUGUUUUGCACUAACAGAAAUAUCUCAUGGGACAAAUGCAAAGGGAAUUAGAACUACAGCAACAUAUGAUGUGCAAUCAAAAAGCUUCAUCAUACAUACUCCUGACUUUGAGGCUGCAAAGUGUUGGGCUGGUGGUUUAGGAAAGACUGCGACACAUGCUAUUAUAUUUGCUCAGUUAAUUACACCUGAUAGAUCGAAUCAUGGUCUCCAUACAUUUAUUGUACCUAUAAGGGACCCAAAUACUCAUCUUCCUCUACCGGGUGUGAUUGUUGGUGACAUGGGUGAAAAGAUUGCACUAAAUGGACUGGACAAUGGGUUUGUGAUGUUCGAUAAUUACCGAGUUGCUCGGCAGUGUUUGUUGAAUCGAACAGCAAGCGUUACAGAGGAUGGAACAUACAAAACGAAAGUAAAAAAUGAGAGCAAAAGAUUUGGUGCGUCGUUGGGUGCAUUGUCAUCGGGUCGUGCCACGAUCACAUCUAUAACUGUAAACAUAGCAUCCUUAGCAAUGGUGAUUGCGGUUCGAUAUUGUGCUGUAAGGAAACAAUUUGGACCGUCGGAAUCAGAGGAAUGGCCAGUUAUAGAAUAUCAAGCACAGCAAUGGCGACUGUUCCCCCACUUGGCAUCAAUAUACGCAAUAAAAGUCUUUUCCUCUGCAUUUGUGACUCAGAUGUCUGAAUUUCAACUUAAACUAUCAAAUGCAAAAAAUGACGAUAAUAUUGAUCACGAAGGUAUGGAGAUUCACGCAUUAUCCUCUGCAGCCAAACCACUCUGUUCAUGGACUAGCCGAGAUAUCAUUCAAGACUGCAGAGAAUCCUGUGGAGGACAUGGGUACCUAAAAAUGUCACGUUUGGGCGACUUAAGAGCCGAAAAUGACGCGAAUUGUACCUAUGAAGGGGAGAAUAAUGUAUUAAUUCAACAAGCUAGUAAUUGGUUAUUGAACCAAUGGUCGAAUAUGCUUAAUGGAAAGUCCAUUAAUUCUCCUCUUGGAACAGCACAUUUCAUAAAAGAUGCCAACAAUAUUUUAAUGCAAAAGUUUUGUCAUUCGACAAUUGAGGAUACAAUAAAAAUAGAAAACUUACUCUUAUCUUUUCAAUGGUUAAUUUGUUACUACUUGAAAAGAACUUAUGAGAAAACAAAAUAUUUAAAAAACAAUGGCUAUGAUGAUUUCGAAACUAGAAAUAAUAUACAAGUAUUUUUUGCACAGACAUUGUCGCUGUUAUAUGGACAGCAUGCCUUAAUGAAAUACUUUAUAGAACGCAUACAGAAUCCUAUAUGGAGACCUGAAGAACGUAAUGUAUUAACAAAGUUGUGUUCACUUUAUGGAGCUGUUACUCUAGAAAAAAAAUUGGGAGAUUUUUAUGCUGGUGGUUACGCAACGCCUAUGAGUAAUAUGGAAAACUUUUUACGAAGUGGCAUCAUAAUGUUAUGUAAAGAAUUAGUUAAUGAUGCUGUAGCUCUAGUCGAUGUUCUAGCACCACCAGAUUUUAUUAUAAAUUCACCAUUAGGAAUGGCAGAUGGCGAGGUAUACAAACAUAUUAAAGAAUGGAUGUUUGAGAAGAAAGAAAAUUUUGAUCGACCUACAUGGUGGAAAGAAAUAACACGAUCUAAAUUGUGAUAUAUAUAUAUACAUAACUAACUUCGUUUAUUAUAUUUUUUUAUAUUAUUAUACAUACACAAAGAUAUAUAUAUAUAUAUAUAUAUAUAUAGGACAAUAAAGACGUUUUACGUGAUAUUCAUACAAAAUAUGAAAUCUAUAUAGAGCUAUACAAAGUCCUAUUUAUUUAAAAACGUGAAACAUGAAAUUUUUAUAAUAUUAAUAUAAAACAUAUAACAAUUUUUUUUCGAAGUUUGUAUGAUUUUCCUUUACUUCUAUAGCUAAUACACUUCCAUAGUAUAUUGUGAACAAACGUGUAAAAAAGUAUUGAGAAACAGAACAAAAAAGAGUAACGAAGUAGAAUAUAUAGAUUAUUAGGGGCGAGGAAGAAAAGAAAGAAUGUAUCGAGUAAAAAUAAGAGAAAGUAUAAAAAAGAUGUAAUACACUACUAUUAGAUGGUAAUAAAAUAUUUUAUACAUACUGA